AUGGUAAAGAUAGGAAAGUCUAUGAAAAUGGAAUCUGAAACACAUAAUGAUGUAGAAUCAUAUCCCGAAGCUAGCAAAUUCAUUGAAACAGCUAUCGAAAAUACUGACACCUCAGCCCACAAAACAAAGUUGCAGGCUGAGAGCAUAGAAAUUAUUCCACCAGAUGGCUUUGGCAGGGGUGAUACCUCAUAUGGGCGAAAAAAGAAGGGUAGUGUUAACAAAGGUGUCAAAAAGACAAAAACUUCAGUGCCGUCGUUAAACCAGAUACCGUCUGUGACAGUUGUUGCAAGUCAACCUGUGCAAGUGAAUUUUCCCCAGUCGUAUACUCCAGAAAAAAGUAUGAGGCACGCUGUGUACAAUCAAUUACCUCAGCCACAAGCUGUCAUGCAGUCUCCGGAGUCUCCACCACACUGUAUUGUAGCAGUUGCAUAUGAUUCUCGUCGUAUACUGCUAGCACAUAACCCAAUAUACCGACAGUAAAACAAAUCUCAGCAGAAGUAUUUUUUAAUAUUUCGCCCAGUACAGUGGUAAAAUGUAGGUACAAAAGUUAAGACGUCAUGAUCAAAGAAGACUGUGUGAUAUAUUCUUACGAAUAGAAGAAAGUAUUUCUUGGAAAAUACGAAGAUUUAGUUAU